UUUAUAGUACUCAUGCUUUUUUUGCUCUGCAAAAAUAAUUCAUGUGCUCAAUAUUACCAUUCAACAAUUUUUUAGUUUGAAUUCCAUGACCUUUUGGUGUAGUAGUUCCCUUUUAGAAUCUGGUAUAUUGUUUUUUUAAGUUGGUAUAUCAAAUCUUUUUUUUUUGUGUAAUAAAUUUUGUUGGUAUAUUGGUUGCUUUUAACCAUUUUGGCAUGCUUUUCUUCAGUUCAGAGGAACUGCAGCGUGAGAUUAAGGAAUAUUUAGAUACACAACCUAGCGACCUCCAGGAAGCUUUCGAUAGAGUUAGAGCUGUUGAGUAUGCCACUCUUACUGCCCUGGCUGCUGAAUGGGGUACAGAACCACCAUGGGACCCCUUCCUUGUUGAUCAGGAAAUGCUAUCACUUCAGGCACCACAACAGGCUUUUGCUACAGCUGCUCAGGCACCAAGGAAACCAAGGUGUGAAGACGGAAAGGAUUGGAUGAGGGACGAGGUGAUGUUGUGUUUUGAGAAACACAUUGAGAGAAAUGUGGAUCUCAAGCCGCUUGAAUACAAGCUUGAUGAACUUUGUCACCAAUGCUUCAAUGUGGCGAGCUGUAAUAAUGUUUUCCACCAUUAUAACUUCACAAUUAUGAUGAAGAUGCCUAAUUCAGUCGAUUGGACCGUGGAGUUGUACUUUGCCGAAAUGAAGGAGAUGUUUAGGAGAAAAUUCUAUUUCUGCUGUCCUUUGAAGCCUAAUGAAAAUGGUCAUUGUUAUGCAUGCAAGAACCAAGGCGUGGAGGAUUUGAAGCAUCCUGCCUCGGGUGGAUUUGAGGCCGGUUUGCAUGAUGCUCCUGAGGCUGGCUCGCCUGGUGCUCCUGAAUCCAAUUUCUGGUUUUCGGAUGAAGAUGAUGAUGCUGAAGCUAGAAAUUAUUUAAUAGACGAUGAUGAUGAAGCUGGAAAUUAUUUAAUCGGACUGUUUGAGGCAUAAUGUUAGGUUUGAUGGAUUCGACUUUUUUCUGCCGAGGGACUAGUGGAGGGCAGUCAGACAGUUUCCUCCGUAGUGUUAGGUCUGAUGGAUUCAAAUCUUGGUAGUAGUCCUGGUUUUGUGGAUGAUGAUUUGUUUACGGCAGUACUUUUAAUUUGUGCCUAUGAUACUGAAAUCGUGCUAGUGUUAUUUGUAAUGUUCUAGUCAGGCACUUCCCUUUCUCUUGG